AUCAGUCAGAAUGGACAUUCUUCGUGUGGCCCUGCUGUGCAGCUUUUUCUUCUUUGCGCAGGUUUGGUCAUUGCCAACCAACUGCGUCCUUAGUAAGGAAUUAAUGGAGGACUCCUACAAAGUUUUAAAUACGGGAGGCCUUUUCCCUAGUCAGUGCCUGGCGGAAAGGGUUGCCAUUCAUUUCCCGCGAAAUGCGUUCUACUCCGAAACCACGGAUCAGGUUGCUGGUGUAGAAAAGGCAGUUUACCAGACACUGGAGAAUAUUGACGCCCUGUUCGAGAACUCCAGUGAUCCAGAGUUAGACCAGUGGGAUGAACAAAACUGGAUCAAUUUUCGAGGCCUCAUAUACAAGCAGAUUGUGAAAAGCAAAUGCAUUAUGAAAAACUCUGAAGAGGCACAGGAUUUUCCCAGCAGAGAAGCUUCACUCAGGGUUUACUUCGAGACUUUAUCCUCAACUCUGAAAGAAAAGGAUUUCAGUUACUGUGCGUGGGAAAUCGUCAGAAAUGAGAUUCUCCGAACCCUGAAGUUCAUACUGGACGACACCACGUUAUUCAAGUCUUCAAAAUCCUAAAUGCUUUCUUGGUUUUAUUUAUUUAUAAAUGUAUUUAUUUAUUUAUUUAUUUAUAAAUGUAUUUAUUUAUUUAUUUAUUUAUUCAUUCUGUGACCACCCACUUUCACUUUUAAAUUGCAUCACAUCCCCAUUUCCAUUCAGCACUGGACAGUUCACAUCAUGAAGACUUCAGUGUUUUACAAUACUAUGUGUGUUGUAUUUGUUUGUAAUAUUUUAUAAUAAAUGCA